CGCUCCCGCCGCGCAGCGCAGGAGGAGGAGGAGGAGGAGGAGGAGGGAGGCUCGCCGCGAUGGACAGCACGGGGAAGGAGCGGGAGGCCGUGCAGCUGAUGGCGGAGGCCGAGAAGCGAGUGAAGGGCUCCCACUCCUUCCUGCGGGGGCUCUUCGGGGGCAACACCAGGGUGGAGGAGGCCUGCGAAAUGUACACCAGGGCUGCUAACAUGUUCAAGAUCGCCAAAAACUGGAGUGCCGCAGGAAACGCGUUCUGUCAGGCGGCCAAGCUGCACAUGCAGCUGCAGAGCAAACACGACUCAGCCACUAGCUUUGUGGACGCCGGGAACGCCUACAAAAAAGCAGACCCACAAGAGGCCAUCAACUGCUUAAAUGCAGCUAUCGAUAUCUACACUGACAUGGGGCGAUUCACUAUUGCGGCCAAGCACCACAUCACCAUUGCAGAGAUCUACGAGGCUGAGCUGGUAGACAUCGAAAAGGCGAUUGCACACUACGAGCAGGCUGCAGACUAUUACAAAGGAGAGGAGUCAAACAGCUCAGCCAACAAGUGUCUGCUGAAGGUGGCUGCCUACGCUGCACAGCUGGAGCAGUACCAGAAGGCGAUAGAAAUCUAUGAACAGGUUGGAACAAACACAAUGGAUAAUCCUUUGCUCAAGUACAGCGCGAAAGAGUAUUUCUUCAAAGCUGCUCUGUGCCACUUCAUUGUGGAUGAGCUGAAUGCGAAGCUUGCACUUGAGAAAUAUGAAGAAAUGUUCCCUGCGUUCACAGAUUCACGGGAGUGCAAGCUAUUGAAGAAACUGCUGGAAGCCCAUGAGGAGCAAAACAGCGAGGCAUACACCGAGGCAGUUAAAGAAUUUGAUUCAAUAUCGCGGUUGGAUCAGUGGCUUACAACCAUGUUGCUUCGCAUCAAAAAGUCAAUCCAAGGCGAAGGGGAUGGGGACCUGAAGUGAAUCGUGCGUGGUAUUUGUGGCAUGCAGCCUAAGUAAUCUGUUGUUGUGUUACAGCCAAGGACCACUAUGGGAUACGUGAUACAAUAUCUAGCUUUAUUUUGUUGCUUACAAAUCCAAUGACUUGUGUAUUUCUUUAGUAUCCUGCUCUUUGUUGUGACAACAUGGGUAGAUGGGAAGCGAUGCUCUGGGUAUCAUGGGCAGAUCUUUCUGAGGCAAAAAAAGCACUUGUGGCAGAAAUACUUUAUUGGUUUUAUUAGCUAUGAGCCCAAAGUUUGCCCUUUUAACUACUAAUUUUUCUUGCUGUUCUGUCUUAAGGCUCAGUACCAUUGAUUUCAGCAUGUAAAUAUUUUGUCCAGGCCAGUACAGUACAAAUAAUCGCUCCUGAUCUGUUGCUGUAUUGUUACUGUUUUCUGUUCCUAAUAGACCUCUGUCCAAUACACUUGGUUUCGUUUUUUUUUUAACUGAAUGAGCUUUUUUAACGGUGCUAGUGAAAAGCUUUGUGACUUAUAUGCAGUAAGCGUGUGUCUAUACAUCUUUUACCGAUACAUGUGUGCAUGUAUAGGUACCGAGUACACGAUGACCUAGUGCUGAAAGCAUUGCACGCGUGGGGACAAGACUGCUUAGAUUGGCACCAGCCCUCCAGACGGUUUGUCACGAGUAGGCCUAGUUAAUGGUGUAUUUUAUAUUUCAGAUCUAAAUAUAAAAUGUAAGGCUCUUCUAUAUUUUCUUGGAUCUAUUUUUCCACUUACUUUAUUUUGUGGUGCAUCCCAUCCCUCUUACCCUGAGACGACUUGACCCGAGUAAUAAUCUAUUUUUCUAACUUCAUUUUCCUGAGCUCCUGCUGCCGUUCCUCCUAAAAGGUCUUUUGUGUGGGCUGGGCAAUACCCAUUAGUUUCUCACCCCUCUGCUGCUGGUGAAGCUGCCUCGUUCUUGUGACGUGCGAAGGUGUUGACCGAGACUUGAUGUUGCACAGAACCCAUGUGUUGGUUAUCUGCGUGACAGGUGAAUCGAGUUUGCUUUGAAAAGGUGUAGACACUAUCAAAAAUUCUUGCAGUAAUUUUAGACAUUUAAAAUGUCUGCAACCAAGGCUCUUCUUCACAAUGCUUUGUUUAACUAGAGAUGAUUCAGCUACCUAGUAUUCCAUGUGUAUCCAUGAAGUAGGUCUUAGAAGACUAUGCAAUUUGUCGGUGGGAGUUGUCACUCAGUAUUUCUUUGUAAUGAGGUGAUUUUCAGCUGCACUACUGACAUGUAAAGAAUGAAAAAGUAAUUAAUUGCUUUAUUUGGCACCACUGCUGUUUAAGUGGGCCCUCUUCCACGGCUGGGGCAGGAAUAGCAUAGUAGCCCCCAGUAGGCAGCUUGGGCGGGCAGCGCUGCCCAGUUUGGACUCUGCCUGUUUGUUUUUUUGAAGAAGCGAUUGUCUCUGCUCAUAUUCUGGCAGCCAAAAUGCUGGCUUUUGCACUUCUCUUCAGUUUGUUUUUAAUCUAGAUGUUUAUUUGAGCCGAACACAAUUUGGCUUUUUGGUCCAAGGGGCUGAGUUUUAGUAAAGUGGUAUUUUCUGUCUACCACUGGCUUAUGAAAAAGAAAACAAAAAACAUGCUGACUUUUUCCUCUGACUCAUCUGGUCAGUCAGAUCAUUUUCCAUAGGCCGGUCUGUGAUUGUAACUAGGAAGAAAAGCUGUGCAGAACUGGCAAGGUGAGUGCAUUAAAAAAGCCUCGAUGGACAAUGCUCGUUCUUCCAAGAAACUUCAGUUUCUUUGCUCCUCAGAGGUGUGUUUAAAGCUGCUGCUCACAAUCAACCUCUGUCCGUAACACAACCAUCACCUUAACUUGGACCACCCUGUGCUGCGUCUGUCCUUCCAGAAGUGUGGCAAAGAAAUACUUCACAUUCUUUUUAGCUUGUGGUCCUGGUCUGUGUCUGCCUGAGAUGCUCUGAGAGACAGGUGCGUGCCUCUGCUCAUCAGGAACAAGGACCGAAUGGCAUUUUCUGAGGGUGUCCCAUUCUUCUACCAGAGUCCUCUGCGUGCUCAUCCCACUUCCACUGGGCAGAGACAGAACUGGCCAUAAGACGCAGCUAGCACGAUAGGUAGGUAACCUCGCAGCUGAUGUUAGAUGAGCUUCAGAUCCAAUCUCAUUUUGGACGAGAGGGCCAAAAGAUGUAACUGCUGCUGAACAGACCUGUCUUAAAAUUAUGGGUUGGAGUAGGUUUUUAUUUAAUUUACGUGUUUCGUUAGUGAGCAAAGACCCAUCGUAUUGACGGGUUCGUCUUGACUUGUAUCCAACAGUGUUGGAGCUCUGUCGAGGCAAAGCACAGGCUGAGAGGUUUGCUUUUCCUAACGUCACACAGAACUGAGGCGAGUGUUUUAUGCCUUUUUAUGUUCGCUUUUCCAGCUGUCGGUAUUAUGCACAGUUGUAACGAGAUGAAGACCGUACCCAUGGGGUUGUGUGGUCUGUUACUGUGCUCUGGAGUCAUAGCAUUAAAAUACCAAUGUUAGUUCUGUAGAAGUAGGCUGCAGCAUGUCCUCCAGUAGUGUAUCAGUGCUGAAUUGUGACCCUUUCAAAAUAACAAUCUGCCACACUGCUGUAUUUCCCCCCCUCCCAGUACACAACUCUGUACUAUGAAAACUUAUUAAUGAAAUGGCCUUAGCGAGAAUAUAAUGUUUUGUGUGAAUCUGUACAUUAAUAAAGUGAAAAUCAUGAAUGUAAGUAGCAAUACGUGUUCUUUCCUGGAAAAUGCAAAAGGCAGGCUAAAGGCAGAGCCCAGCGUAAAGCCAUGGGGUGUGAUGGUAAAAGCCAGCAUGCAUUAUGCUUCUGUUCAGUUACUUUGACAUGUGAAGGCACAUGUUAAGGGUAAAUACUCCUAUCAGAAAAUGCUGGCUGACCAUUUUACAGCAACUGUUACACCAUUUAAUUGCCUAUUGUAUAAUGUGUUGUCUGUAGGAAAGGCGGAUGUCCCAACAUGU